AUGCUUUAUCAAAUGGUACUCUUUACGGUUUUACUUCUUGUGAAGAUCCCCAACCUUCACGCUCUUCAAUUUUGCCCUCCACUUGGCCCUGUUUUCUCCCAACCUACCAAUGUGUCGACAGAGCCCGAAGGGAUCGCAGUUGCCGAUGAACUGUCCACAAUCUUGGACAGAGCCAUUGGCGACGGAAACUUCGGUGGCAAUCCAUUUGAUCCCACCCAAGUAUCAUUUUCUAUUGUAUUUACCUCAGUCAACGAUACGACAGAAAAACCUGCUUUCGAAUAUCACCAUACAGCUUCAUCUAGUGGCUUAGACCUAACGAGUGCUUCUAAGGCUACCGGGGAUAGCAUAUACAGAAUUGGCAGUGUUUCUAAAACGUUCAUCCCUUAUACGCUCCUUAUCGAACGAGGCCAUAGUAUCUUCAACGAGCCCGUCACCAAGUAUAUUCCAGAACUCCAGGAACUGGCACUUGGGCAGGAAAAUUCCAGCCUUAAUGACGUCGCUCAGGUGGCGUGGAAAGAGGUCACAAUAGGUUCACUGGCAUCUCAUAUGUCCGGAUUAGGAGAAACUUUUGCCCCGUUGGACGCCUCAGUUGCAUUGCCAGAUCUUAUAUCUAAAGGACUUCCGAAGCUCAACGAGUCAGAGGUAGUCCACUGUGGUGGGUAUGAAGGCCAACCACCUUGCACAAAGGACGGGGGAAUUUACGCAUCAACGAAUGACCUAUCAGCAUUCAUACGUUCUAUUCUCAAGAGCACUCUUCUCUCGCCUGAAGAGACGAGGGCCUGGCUCAAACCCCUGGCACAUACAUCAGACCCUAAAUUCUCGAUCGGUGCACCUUGGGAGAUCCGUCGCCUGAGCUUGAACUCCACCAGCGACGGACGGAUCAUCGAUCUCUAUACCAAAGACGGCUCGCUCAUGGUCUACUACUCCAAGGUGGUAUUGAUUCCCGACUUCGGCGUCACCCUUGCCAUCAACGUCGCCGGUGAUGGUGCUGGCACCAUUAUCAAGCUCCUAUCCGAGUUAAUGGUAUCGAAAUACGUCCCAGCCCUGGAGGCCAUUGCAAGAAAGCAGACAUUCCAGAAGUUUGGAGGCUUGUACACCUCACUCGAAACUAACUCUUCAAUAAGGAUCGAAGUCGACGAUGGACCGGGCUUAGCCAUCACUUCAUGGAUUAACAAUGGUGUUGAUGUCUUGCUCGAGACUGUCCCAGGUAUCUGGGGUUCCCCUCUAUUUGGACAUCCGAGGAUGUAUCCCACCAACCUCCAAAAUACUUCAAACGGGACAUCGUCAGCAAGUUAUCGAGUUAUUUUCUCAUUGGAGAGUCAAAACGAUGGGUUGCAGAUAUUUUCCGACGCCUGUAGUGAUUGGGGUCUGUUAGAUGUGGCUUCGUAUGGGAAGGUCGGAUUAGAUGAUAUAGUGUUUAGCACUAGGGAUAUUGGGGAGGUUGUCGAGGUUGAACUCAGGGGCUUUAGAAAGACAUUACAGAGACGGUUUGAUAUUUGA